CAAUAAGAAUAUAUAAACAGAGAGUCGACGGUGAUUAAAUAAUUCACAUUUCUUUACAGAAAAGAUAUUAAUAUCAAACAUGUCAGGAAGAGGAAAGACCACCGGGAAGGCCAGGGCAAAGGCGAAGAGCCGGUCAUCUCGGGCCGGGCUUCAGUUUCCUGUCGGCCGGGUCCACAGGCUGCUGAGGAAGGGGAACUACGCUCAGCGUGUCGGCGCCGGAGCUCCCGUCUACCUGGCGGCGGUGCUUGAGUACCUGACGGCUGAGAUCCUGGAGCUGGCUGGAAAUGCAGCCCGUGAUAACAAGAAGACCAGGAUCAUCCCCCGUCACCUGCAGCUGGCUGUCCGCAACGACGAGGAGCUCAACAAGCUCAUGACUAACGUCACCAUCGCUCAGGGCGGUGUGCUGCCCAACAUCCAGGCUGUCCUGCUGCCCAAGAAGGCCGAGAAAGCUGGCAAGGCCAAAUAAGUCGUCCUUGAACGCAACACCACAAAGGCUCUUUUAAGAGCCACACACACAUCCUAUCGAGUUUCUUCCUAUUAGUGUAGAAAUCUAAUACAGACAGCGACUAACAAAAAUGUCUGCAAACUAGAGUAUUAACAUACUUUCAGUUUCGAAACUAACAACACCUCCUUUUGAUCAGAGUAGAAAUCGGAAAUUAAGUAGAUGCACUUUAUCGACUCCAUACUAGUAAAUUCUGGUGUCAGUAGGUGGUUUUAAUAAGUUUGAAUGUUAAAAGCAUUGAUCACAGUUACAUUGUCCUGAUGUUAACAAAUACGUAGGCUACUAUCAGCAGAUAAAUGGAUGUAAU